AUGAUUACGGCGUUGAGAGCAAAGAACAAACUUGGUUUGGUUGAUGGGUCAAUACCAAAGCCGAAUGUGGCGAAGGAAUUGCAGCAACGGACUCGCUGCAAUGAUAUGGUCAAGUCAUGGUUGCUGAAUUCCCUUUCAAGGGAGAUAUCCCCAAGUGUGAUUUACUACGAUCUUGCUCAUGAAAUUUGGGAAGAAUUGAAGGAAUGCUUCUCAGGAGUGAGUAGUCUGCAUGUAUCUCAGAUCGAGCGAGAAAUUCAUAACCUUGCUCAAGAUACUUUGUCUGUGGUGACAUAUUUUACUAAGUUGAAGGCCCUCUGGAAUGAGUUAUCAGCCCUUUGUCCUAUACCUUCAUGUACUUAUGGUGCAAGGAAUGAUGCUCUCCUAUAUCAACAGAGACAAAGAACUAUGAAAUUCCUCAUGGGUCUGAAUGAAUCAUAUUCACUGUUCGUGGGCAAAUUCUAUUGA